AUGGUUCAAAAGAGUUGCUUUCGAAAUACAAACUGUUGUCUGACAUCAGGACCUUGCCUUCAUAAUGGACGUUGUAAACCUAGUUACCCAUCUGAUAUCUUGCACUCGCCCCGUUUCACAUGUGUCUGUGCCCCUGGUUACCGUGGAAACCGCUGUGAACAGCCAAUCAAAUCGUGUCAUGGUUACAUUGGCGGUACCGCAGACCACGCCCCAGCGUCAGGUAAAUACACAAUUAUUGAUGACAUGGACAAACCCUUCCAGGUUUUUUGCAAUUUCAACUGGACUUUUGACGGAGCAAUCAUGUCUUGGACACUCAUUCAAUCCUACCAAUUAAAAAACAAGGACGAGUUUCAGCUGAAAUCGUUUUAUAUAGACCAUCCUAAAAAUGAAGAAACUCCCCAAUGGGAGUCUUAUCGUCUUUCAAUAUUCAAAAUGAAGUCCAUACAGAAAGAUUCCUCAAAAUGGCGAAUGACGUGUCGAUAUGAAACUGACGGUCUAAACUAUACAGAUUAUAUGGAAGGCUUGAAAACCAAUGUCGAUAUACUUAGCUUUCGUGAAAAUGGAUGCAAGGAGGUUGAGUUUAUAAAUGUACGCGGUUAUAAUUGCGCACAUUGUAAGGCUAUGCUGAAACAAAAAAACAAUCGAACAUUUCACCACGAUUCUUUCUGGAGCUUUAAAAAAUGCGCGUUCAAGCCCCUAAACAGCAAAGAAUGCUUUGGAUAUAAGGAGGAUAAUUUCGGUUUGUACAACUGCGUCAAUCCAAUCCACCGCUGUUCUAUGGAUGACGAGUCCACCUCUCAAACGUGGCUAGGCUCUUGA